AUGUUGUCUAUUGUCAUUAUUACUCUUAUAAUUCAACAAUUUUAUUUAACUUAUCAAUUAGAAACAAUUCAAGCAGCUUUAUCUAGUACUGUUGAAUUAGCCUGUUCAGUUACCGGUCAAAAUAUUGAACCGACAAAUCCUGCAAAGAUUGUCUGGAUUCGUGAUGAUCAAGCAGAUAUUGUCAGUCUUGAUUCAAUUAUAACCGUACGAGACAAUCGUUUAAGUAUUCUAUCAAUGAAUAAUAUUGAUCGUCAAGAAAGAAUUUUACGUAUAACAAAUAUUGAAGAACAAGAUCAUGGAUUAUACCGUUGUAUACAUGGUGAUAUGACAUUAAAUGAAAUUUUUCUUGAUGUACUUGUCCCACCACGAAUUAUUUCACAUUCACCAGAACAUAUGCGUAUGACAGUACGCGAAGGUAAUGAUGCUCAAUUCUCAUGUACAGCAACCGGUCAUCCAACACCAAGUAUUAUUUGGCAUGUCAAUAGUUUAUUAAAGUCAGAUACAGUGACUAUUGUUGAAGGUAAAAAUGAAAGUAUAUUUAUCUUACGUAAUGUUUCACGUUUUGAUUCUGGCCGAGUCGAUUGUUCAGCAAGUAAUAUAUUAAGUACUGUCAAUCGACAAUUUCUUCUUUAUGUUAAAUAUAAACCAAUAGUUAAAAUUCUAUUUCAAUUAUUUCAUUUUCGUUUGUAUGAUACAGCAACAAUAAUAUGUCAAGUUUGUUCAAUACCAUCAACAACAAUAUUCGAUUUUUUUCGUCCAAAACAAUCAACUCCAAUAAUAAAUGGAAUCAAAGAAAAAUUCGAUAAAUCUAUUAAUCAAACAUGUAGACAAUUAACAAUAACUAUUUAUUUAAAUGAUGCAUCGUUAUUUGGACCAUAUGUAUGUCGUGCAAGAAAUUUAUUAGGUGUUAAUCAUGCUGAAUUUGUACUUAAAGAAAUAAUUCAAUCAACGAAGCAUAUAAAAUAUAUAACAGAACGUCGUCCUUCAAUGACAUUGUCUACGAUUACUAAAUCAUCUUUAUCUUCGACGUUUAUGAUUAAUAAUGACAAUGAAUCAUCUAAACGUGAUAUUCAAUCAAAUAUAGUUACAAAACAAAUAAUAUCUCAGAAAAAUCAUUCGUAUAAAUCAUCAAUAUCAAUUUUAUUAUUAAUAAUUUUAUUCUUUAUAAUAAUCUAG